AUGGAAUUCAAAUUUGACUUAAAUUCUGUCCUACGCCCUGAUUCUCGUGGGAUUGCUAUUUUAGCACCAAACUCGCAAUAUCGGCCUAGCAGAGAGUUAUGUUUUAUUAUUGAUGAGCUAGGAAAAUUAAGCGCAACCGCACAAGGACUGAGAGCGAUUAUUACAACUUCAACGAAAUUUUUUGGCUCUAACGAUAAUAAAUUGUACUUCAAAACUGAAGGAAAUCGAGUAAAAUGCAUUAUAAUAAUAGGUUACUAUAAAUUAAGGGCUAUUUCUUAUUUUUUAUUAAAAAAUAUGAUCUAUUCUUACAGCACGUCAGGAAAAUAUUGAUUAUGGUUUAUUAAAUAAAUUAAAUUGCUAAACUGGACAUAAGUGGGCAACCCAAUAGCCUCUUCUCCGUCUCAAAUCCAAAGGCAGCAGCCUCCAUAGCCUCUGAGUUCAAAUUAGGAAAAUAGAAGGACGCCAUUUUGGAUUUCCGGCAUGACUCAUCUGUCCGGGGGAUCAGCGACCUUGGGUAGAGCCACUGUCUGUAGAGUGCCGUGAUGGUCUCGACAGAAAAGGACCAUGUUAUCGGCAGAACCUGUCUAGCCUAUCUGGCAGGAAACCUUCGGGGAGAAACAAAACGCCUUGCUUCGCCAGCUUCCAACUGAGAUUGCCUAAUUCACUUACGAGGGUAUCUUUCGUCACCUAUCACGCCAGUCCAUCUUUCAUCAAAGGUGUCGCCUAGGAGUCCUAUUUCCAUCAACAUCACCAUUUUAUUUCUAUAUGAUUUAUUAGGGAUGCUAAAAACUGGGUAUAGGAAAUUAUUCUAUACAAAUGAAAUUGGGAAAAUCACUGAGCUUACCCCGCUUUGUCUGUUAGAUUUUUAUGUUCAUGAGUCCGUACAAAGAAGCGGAUAUGGAAAAGAACUCUAUGAGAGGAUGAUUUAUGAGGAAAAUUCUCAACCAAAUAAAAUAGCAAUUGACAGACCCUCCCCUAAGCUGCUCAGCUUCAUGAGAAAACAUUAUGGACUAAGCGAAUUUGUCCCUCAAAACAAUAAUUUCACUAUAUAUAACUCCCCCCCCCCCCUCCGUGAGCGAACAAAAAAAUUUUGUUCACUCACGGAGGGGGUUUAAUUUUUUUUUUUAAAAACAAUUUAUAUAUAAAUUUUUAUAAAAAAAUAUUUUUUUCGAAUUUUAAAAAAAUCCUAAUUUGCAAAAAUUGGGAAGCAAAUACUAAUUUAAUUUGCAAAAUUUAUGUUUUAAAACGCAAUUUGUUUAAAAUUAAACAGAAUUAGCUCUAGAUUUCAUUAUACUAAUUAUCACUUAUAUAGCAAAAAUUUUUUUCUAUUAAAAAUUUUUUCUAUUAAAAAUAUUUUUGUUCACUCACGGAGGUGGGGUUUUUUGGUCAAAAAAUGGCGAUUUUUUCUAAUGUUUUUGUUCGCUCACGGAGGGGGGGGGGAGUAAGAGAUAUUUUAAUGGAGGAUUCCAAGAAAGUGAUGGAAAUAGAAGAAAAACACCUAUAAGUAGGAACCGAGAGCCAGACCUAAGCUAUGGGGAGCCAGUUGUAAAUAAUUUGUCAAGAGAAAGGAAACUUCAAGAGCAGUUUGGGGCUGGGAAUAUUUUCAAUGAUAGCACUGAAAUUAGAAGAGGAAGCAAUUAUCAGCCAAGAGCUCCUUUUGCAACUGAAGUUCCUUUAAGGAAAAAAGUAACGACAUCGGCUGCUUCAUAUGGCUCUUACAUAUAA